CAUCGCAAAAUACCACCUUUUGCGUGUUGCUUGCUGCUAGCCCACUGUCUCUCUCCUUGUUGCCCCUCCUAAGAGUUUUUUUUCUCGAGUUUUUGCUGUCAUGGCUCGGCACGUGGCCGCUCUCCUGUGCGUGAUGCUCGUAGUCGUGUCGUGCGUGGCUGGCGUGGCGGAGGCGAGAGUGAACCGGAAAGACGCUCGUCGCGCCUUCAACGCCAUCCGACGCUCGUCACGCAUUCCCAAAGCACUCGCCGCAUCUCCCGCCCUCGAGAACCUCUUCCGCAUGAUCAUGCAGCUGGGCAGCUCCAGCGGGCCCGUGACUCUACUCGUGCCGGCGGACAUGGGAUACGUGCAGUCGCGGCUCAACAACCGGGUGUUCACGCCCAGCCAGCUCAACUCCAUCCGCAAGUACCACCUCCUCGACGGACUCGUCAAGCUCGCCGACAUCCAGGCGCUGCCACGUGGCAGCACGGUGGCCACGCUCGAGGGCUCGACGAUCAAGAAGAUCACGCCGCCGUCGCUGCCCGUGGUGCUGCUCAAGGGGCGCGACGCGCUGCCGGCCAUGGUGGUGGCGGGCGACGUGUACGUGGGGAGCACGCUCGCCGUGCACGUCGUGUCCACCAUGCUCAUCCCCUCGGAUGUCUAGAGACUAUAUAUCCCAUCUUCACGUCGCGUCGCCACUCGUCGCGUCUACUACAAUCCCAGUCGGUUGCGACGGACGGCGACAUCUGAGCUUCUAGUAGCAGCAGCACCUCGCUGCUCUCCGUCAUCCUGUCAGGCUGUCUUUUUCCUCCUCGCUGUUCCCCGCUGUGCCAUUGCCGCUCGCCACCCCCUCGGUGUCAGAUUACGGUACUAGUUCCUGGUUUCGAGGCCGUUCGCCCGCGUUUUUCCUACUAUCCCCUGUGGUGCCGUGCCAGCAUGUCGCUGUUGAUGUGUGCAAUGCGUCCUGCCGCCCUGAGUGGACCAUAGACACCACGUGCACGCAUGGGCUGAGCCGACAGCGUAGAGGAGUGCAGGGAAUAUCAUGCGAUGACUACGGUACACGCCCGUGUUUAUGUAUGUUAUGUUUUGUUUUCCUGGUUUACUUGAUAUCAUGGUUCAUUCUCA